GUGUGGCUGCUCUUCUGCUUAUACGCGCACUUAACUUUAAAAUUCUAGGCUACUAUUAUGGGUAUCAAGGGCCUUACAACCUACAUGCAAAAGAAUUACGAAUGGAAAGAGAUAGGAAAAGAUUCUCCGCUAAGAGGACAGUUGCUGAUAGACGCCAUGAGCUGCUGUUAUUCUCUCUAUGAUGGGAUAGACUGGACAUAUGGCGGCCAGUACAAAGAGUUUGAUCAGAAAUGCCGGGCUUUCUUGGCCAACCUAAGACAAUCAGGUAUAGAGCCUAUUUUUGUAUUUGAUGGUGUGGAUUACGAAGGUGAGAAAGCCCGAGUUAUUCUAGAGAGGAAAGAGAAGACGGCAAAAUGCAUUCAAUCUCUGCUUUUAUAUGGUAACUAUCCUAUAGAUGGUCCGCGUUCAUGUUUGCCAGUUUUUGCUAAAGUUGUCUUUAUGGAGGUAUUAAAAGAACUUAGAAUCCCCUUUAUCGUUGCUGAUGGAGAUGCAGAUAGUUUGACUGUGUCCAUAUCAAAUUUUUAUGGCUGCCCAGUUCUCUCUAGCGAUUCCGAUUAUUACAUUUUCAAUGUUAAAGGUGGUUACAUACCUUUUGAGUACUUCUACUGGGAGUCCAAGCCAAUAAAUGCAAAGAUUUAUCACUUGAGCAAUUUCUCUGCAAUCUUUCGUGAACCUGAAAUUAUUUAUCUGAUACCGGCACUGAUUGGUAAUGAUUUCCUUGAGUCUCCACACUUAGGAGAAAAUACUAUGAAUACUGAUGAAUUGGUUGAAUGGAUUGCUUCCUUUAGAUCUGUUGAGAAAUUUCUCUCUAGGUUCUGCAAGUCAGAGCAAGUGAUGGCUAUCAGAGAAAACUUUCACAAGGCAAAAGAUAUGUACAGCAUUGAUGAAAUAAGUAUGGAUGAUGCCAGAAAGAGCACAGAGUUAAAGACAGCCAAUGGGACACCACUGCCUUCAUGGAUACUCGAGCAAUAUCGUGAUGGAUGUUUCUCAACUUCAGUGCUGGAUCCAAUGAUUCUCAAUGAAUGUAUUCUACCAAUGAUCACUGAUAAUCCUAAAAAAGAGUCCAGUAUGAAGAUUGGCAAGCCUCUAAGGGAAUACAUGUACGGCUUAUUAAAACCUUACCUAGAGGUACAAAAAGUCGAAGAAGGAAUGCGCAUUGGUCAAUGUGAUAUACAGUUUAAGCCAGUCAGACCACUUGCAGCUCCGCAGUGUCUAAUCACAGAUGUAGAUGCACUAAGAGAUGAAGAAAGACUUGGAUUGCUUUGUAAUAUAUUUGAAGUCUUACCUGAUGAAUUGGGCCAGUUUGAAAAUAAAUGGAAGCUGGUUGCACUGUCCUUGCAUUACUGGAGCAGGAAUGCUGAGGCCCUUACUUGGCAACAGAUUGAUGCUCUUCUCUUUUCUCUUUUAUUUAACGGUAGACUAUGCUUAUAUUAUGCUUGCAUGAAAGAAGCAGAUUUUGAUGUCAUCAAAGAAGAGACGCUGACUAAAUUUCCAGAUAUGGCAAGACUCUGUAAGGAGCUGUUAUCAAUAUGCAGCCCUAGAGAGGUUUCUAGGGGUAGCUCAUCUCAUAAAGCAAGCAAGGAGAAGCAUAAGCAACCUGCAGCAGCAGCAAAAAAGACCUACAGCAGAUCUACACCAGUUAGCACUGCAAAUCCUUUUGGGCUCCUGGCAGAUCUUGACGAAGAAAACUAA